UUGAAAAGAUAAACUAAAUCAUCAUAAAUGUGUUUCAUAUAAAAGAUUAACUCAUACUAACAACAUACAUAUAUUUUACUCCUUCAAAAUUUGUAACUUUUGGCACAAUUAAUCAAAAUUAGCAGUGAAAAUUGGAAGAAAAAGAUGAGCAAAAAUAAGGCAAAGUCUGUUAAGCCAACACCGAACAGUCCAGUUCAAGUGUACUUUAAGCCACGUUAUGCACAACAAGGUCGAUCUGCGCAGCAGGCACAGCCGCAGGCACAAUCCCAACAACCACAAACAGCGCCAGCGGCAAAAGGAAUAAACAUUGACUACGCAUUAAACAGUAUUAUGACCACCGUUCGUAACAAUAUAAAUCAAAAUCCUAAUAAAAAGACUGUCAUGUUCAAUGGAGUACAAUUAUCUAAUGGAUUUGAGAAAAUGGGAAAAACGUAUCCGAUUCCCAAAGUAGUGUCUACCAAUCCAGCUAAGCACAACGUCGGCGUAAGAGUAGCGCCAAAAACGAAUAAGAGUACUCCAAGUCGCAAACCAAGUUCCAGUUCCGAUCAACGUAUAAAGGAAUUAAUGCGUCAACGUGAAAUUUUGGCUGAUAUCUUGUCGGGUUAUCAGAAAUUGCAGCGCGAACGACAAGUCAUUGCAGUUGAAAUACAGUCAAUGCGCAACUAUCUCUCAGAUAUACAAGACAAGCUUCAGAAGUCACUUUCAACAUUAAGAACUAACAGGCACUUCAAUAAGAUUGGAACAGCGACCACAAGGGUAGGCGGUAAGAACCUUGCUGUGGCACAUAAACGUAUACCUGCUAAGAAAACGGUUAAUGUAAACACAAUAAGGAAUGGUGCCAAUUCGUUUUUGUAUAAGAAAAAGUGGAAAGCGUAAUUCUAUCACGCAUUCAAAUAAAAUAAUUUCCUGUAAUACAAACAAUAAGUUACAAAAAAAGUAA